AUGGAAGGAGAAAGUAACAACAACAAAGACAACAGUUCAGAGCCAGUCUCGUAUGAAAAUGAAGAACAAACAAGCAACCAUCAAGUCUCUGAGGAUCAUCAAAUUCAAAAUCAACAAUCUGAAACAAGUGUGGCCCAUUGGAAUUCUAUACCAAAACUACCUUAUAGUAACUAUGUUGAGUAUCUCUCUGAAUCUUCAACUUAUCUUCCAACAACCGAGUAUAAUUUGGUUGGGAACAAUUAUCAAACACUUGGUGGCACAACCAGCUUCAAUGAUCAAGGAAAAGCUUUUGGUUUUAAACCGACUGGUUCUUCAAGUACUGACCAUGGUAUCAUGAAGCGUAUUGGGUUUUGGAGAAAUAAUGAAGAAGAAGAAGAUGCAGUUAAAGAUGAGGGUGAUGCAACAUGGCAAACUGAUUCAGUUGGAGAUAAGCAUAGUGCUUCAAGAUUUGAUCCAAUGGGAAUGGUUGGUGACGGUUCACCUUUUUUACUUCCAAUUCCAAAAUCAGGAAGCAGCUCCACAAGACAGAAAAGUGAGAAAUCGCGUUGCAGCGACCGUCAUCGCAGGCAACGUAUCGCUGAUAACCUCAAAGCCUUACAUGAAUUGCUUCCAAAUCAAGAAGGGGGUUGUCAAGCCCAAGCUUACAUACUGGACGACAUCAUCGACUAUGUUAAAUACUUGCAGAAUCAACUAAAGGAACUAAGUGGAAGUAAACUGCAAAGUGACUCAAAUGCUAUACCACUAGUUUAUCAUGAGGGUUAUGGGCAUUAUAUAAAGGAUCAAAUGCUGAAUGAGCCUCUUGAAGAGAUAAUGGGGAAACUAGUUGAAGAAAAUUCAGCAGCAACAAGUCAGCUACUUGAAAGCAAAGGUCUUAUUCUACUUCCUAUUGCUCUGGUUGAAGAAUUGAACCAAGCUAUGCAAUUGUUGAACCAAGAUAGCUAG